UGGGAGGAGGCCGAGAAGCUAUUUGUAGAGGUAAUAGAAACGAGCAAGAUAAAGCUCGGGGCCGACCAUCCCUCAACGCUGAUCAGCAUAGCCAACCUGGCGUCGAUAUACAGGAACCAGGGCCGGUGGGAGGAGGCCGAGAAGCUGUUUGUAGAGGUGAUAGAAACAAGCAAGACGAAGCUCGGGGCCGACCAUCCCUCGACGCUGACCAGCAUGAGCAACCUGGCUUUCACACGGUAUGGCCUGGGCAAACCCGAUGAGGCCUGUGCCUUGAUGCAAAGCUGUGUUCUCUUGCGUCAGCAACGGCUAGGCGAUGACCACCCAGAUACCAUCUCAUCUAGGGAAGCCCUUGAAUAUUGGCAAGCUGAGCAUCAGGAGGAUAGUUCAGGCUGGGAAACGGAGACGUCAACCGUUUAG